GCGUCGGCCCCAACGCGGAGUCGGGGGAGGCGAGGCUUUACCGGGGGGCGAUGCACCACCCCGACUGCGGCCGCGCCGACGGGGAGAAGCACGAGUGCGACGACAGCGCCAUCUUGCAGGAGGUUAUCCUGAGGCUCGCCGCCAGCUGGGCCCCGCACAUCCUCCGCGACGACGUGUGCGCGGGCGCGCAGCGGCGCAUCUCCCAU